AGGCUGAAGCCCAGCAGCGCUACGCCGCAGACUCCGAUCUCCCCGCGGACACGAUCACCGUAGCCACACUAUCGGUGCAGCAUUAAUGCAUGCUCUCCUGACGCAGCCAUGUCCUCUACAACAUCUAACCUAGCAUUCGGCAACGCAUACUCCAGCGUUCAGGCUAACAACUUCACCGGCUCUGUCCAUUGGGGACAUGAGGACACCUUCGCUCGUCUACCGUACGCCGAGGACGCGCCCUUCAACUCGUACGCAAAGCGGCACGACCUGCCCUGCCUUGCCAACACGCGCAUCGACCUCCUCGAGGAGAUACGCAGCUGGGCGGACGGACCGAACCAGCGAUGCAUCUUCUGGCUGCGUGGCCUGGCGGGCACGGGCAAAUCGACGAUCGCGCGGACCGUCGCGCGCCGAUACCAUGACAGGAAGCUUCUGGCGGCUAGCUUCUUCUUCUCGCGCGGCGGCGGCGACGUCGGCCACGCAGGCAAGUUUGUGACGAGCAUCGCGGUGCAGCUUGCAGACAAUAUCACAACAUGUCGACAGCAUAUCCGCGAUGCUGUUGCCGAGCGCAGCAAUAUAUCCAAACAAUCUUUACAAGACCAGUGGCAGCACCUCAUUCUUGGUCCGCUGUCGAAGCUGCACGAGCCAGGGCCAUUUAUUAUAGUUGUUGAUGCUCUCGACGAGUGCGACAACGACAACGAUGUCCAGAUUAUUGUGCGACUGCUGGCCGAGGCCCAGUCGCUGGAGAGGGUUCGAGUGCGCGUGUUCCUGACGAGCCGGCCAGAAGUGCCAAUUCGACAAGCAUUUGGGCAGAUGGCGGAUGUAGAGCACAGGGACUUUGUGCUGCACGAAAUAUCGCCGUCGACCGUCAAUAACGAUAUAAAACUUUUCAUAGAAACCGAGCUUCAGGCCGUUGGGCAGAUAUGGUAUUCACGCGCUGGCUGGCCGGACGCAGAAACCGUCAUGCAGCUGGUCCAGGGCGCUAGUGGACUGUUCAUCUGGGCAGCUACUGCCUGCCGCUUCAUCCGCGAAGGGAGGCACUUUGCAGCUAGAAGACUGGAGACGAUCCUACGUAACGACAGCAACAAUUCUACAGCUCCAGAGAAGCAUCUAGACCAGAUCUAUGUAACUGUGCUACAGAGCUCAGUACCUGCACAUUAUACAGACAAAGAGCGAGACGAGCAGUGCAGAAUGCUACGGCACGUUCUUGGGAGCAUGGUAGUUCUGCUCUCUACUCUAUCUUUACUGUCGUUGAGCAAGCUGCUCCACUGUACAGGCGAAGAGGCCAGGCGAGCACUAGAGGAUCUGCACGCUAUCCUCAGCAUCCCAGAAGGUCCUGUCCAACCGCUUCGUCUACACCAUCCUUCAUUCCGCGACUUCCUAGUUGAUAGAAAGAGAUGCGACGACGACAAAUUUUGGGUAGACGAGAAGAGCACACACGAGAAGCUGGCGUCCUGCUGUCUCCAGCUUAUGUCUGCACCUGACGGCCUUCGGCAAGGUAUGUGCAAGCUUUCUAACCGUGGGAAGCUCAGAAGCGAAAUAGACAAGAGAGAUGAGAGAUACGAGACAUACGAAAGCAGAAUUACGACGUGCCUGUCUCCGGAGCUGCAGUAUGCUUGUUGCUACUGGGCGGAUCAUCUAGAGCGCGGUCAAGGGGGCAUCCAGGAUGGAGACAAAGUGCACGACUUCCUUCGCAAGCAUUUUCUUCACUGGCUUGAAGCUAUGAGCCUAAUUAAGCAAAUGGGUCUAUGCAUGCGCUUGAUAGCAAUACUACAAUCGCUAGUAACGACGUCUAGUACGUCUGUCGCGAGUUUUCUCCGCGAUGCAAGUCGAUUUGCGCUGCAGUCCGUGUCUAUUCUUGCAAAGGCCCCCCUCCAAAUAUACUCGUCUGCCCUUCUUUUCUCUCCCGAGGCUAGCAUUGUGCGAAAGGCAUUUAUAGGACAUAUGACACAGGGGGUGGAUGUACUUUCUGGAAGAGAUGCCGACUGGGACGCAUGCCGCAACGUGUUAGAGGGCCAUUCAGAGAGGGUCAGGGCGGUAGUGUUCUCACCAGACGGACAGCUCAUCGCCUCAGCAUCCAACGACAGGACAGUGCGGGUGUGGGAGACAGCAACCGGCCAAUGUCGCAUCGUAAUGCAGGGCCAUCUAUUUCCAGUCAAGGUGGUCAUGUUCUCACCAGAUGGACAGCUACUCGCCUCAGCAUCCUGGGACAAGACAGUGCGGGUAUGGGAGACAGCGACGGGCCAGUGUCGCAGCGUGCUGCAGGGCCAUUCAGACUGGGUCACGGCGGUAGUGUUCUCACCAGACGGACAGCUAGUCGCCUCAGCAUCCGACGACAGGACAGUGCGGGUGUGGGAGACAGCAACGGGCCAGUGUCUCAGCGUGCUGGAAGGCCAUUUGAGCUGGGUUAGGGCGGUAGUGUUCUCCCCAGACGGGGAGCUAGUCGCCUCAGCAUCCGCUGACAGCACAGUGCGGUUGUGGGAGACAGCAACGGGCCAGUGUCGCAGCGUGCUGAAGGGCCACUUAAGCGGGGUCAGGGCGGUGAUAUUCUCUCCAGACGGACAGCUACUCGCCUCAGCAUCCUACGAUGAGACAGUGCGGGUAUGGGAGACAGCAACGGGCCAUUCAACGGGCCAGUGUCGCAGCGUGCUGAAGGGCCACUUAAGCUGGGUCAAGGCGGUGGUAUUCUCUCCAGACGGACAGCUACUCGCCUCAGCAUCCGCUGACAGGACAGUGCGGGUGUGGGAGACAGCGACGGGCCAGUGUCAUAGCGUGCUGCAGGGCCAUUCAGAUUACGUUAGGGCGAUAGUGUUCUCACCACACGGGCAGCUGGUCACCUCAGCAUCCUAUGACGGGACAGUGCGAGUGUGGGAGACAGUGACAGGACACUGUCGCAGCGUGCUGAAGGGCCAUUUAAGCGGGGUCAGGGCCGUGGUAUUCUCGCCAGACGGGCAGCUACUCGCCUCAGCAUCCUACGAUGAGACAGUGCGGGUGUGGGAGACAGCAACGGGCCAGUGUCGCAGCGUGCUGCAGGGCCAUUUAGAAUGUGUUAGGGCGGUAGUGUUCUCCCCAGACGGACAGCUACUCGCCUCAGCAUCCUGGGACAAGACAGUGCGGGUGUGGGAGACAGCAAUGGGCCAGUGUCGCAGCGUGCUGCAGGGCCAUUCAGACUGGGUCAGGGCGCUAGUAUUCUCCCCAGACGGGCAGCUACUCGCCUCAGCAUCCGACGACAGGACAGUGCGGGUGUGGGAGACAGCAACAGGCCAGUGUCGCAGCGUGCUGCAGGGCCAUUCAGAAUGGGUCAGUCCGGUAGUAUUCUCGCCGGACGGUCAGCUGGUCACCUUAGCAUCCUGUGACAGGACAGUGCGAGUGUGGGAGACAGUGACAGGACACUGUCGCAGCGUGAUUCAGGGCGAUUCAAGCUGGGUCUGGGCGGUGAUGUUCCCGCCAGAUGACCAGACACGUCAGACUAACAGAGAUGACAUUUCUCUACCGUCGAGCUCCAUCACUGCUUCAGCUGUCCUACCUACUGAAGAACCAUCUUGGACUACAGUAAACAAUGAGUGGAUCCUACGUCAAAAUCGUCGCUUUCUUUGGCUUCCUCCUGAGUAUCGGAACUGUAGGACGGCGGUGCACAAGAACAUGGUGUGUCUAGGGUGUAAUUCUGGACGUGUGACCCUACUUAGCUUACAGUAA